UCCAGUCUAGUCAAGCAACGAGCCUCCUCCCAGCCGAUGGGGCCCGCAUCCGGCAUCUCCUGAGAAGGAGUUCGUUCUCCUCCUUGGGUUCCAAUGCGCCCUGCCCCUGAGCUCCGCGUGGAGAUUGUCAGCGACGAGGAGAUGGCCAUCAUCGAGGCCGCGCUCGCCGCCGCUGCUUCUGCCACCGCCCGUCCCCUCCUCUCCGCCGCUGCUUCUGCCACCGCCCGCCCCCUCCUCUCCGCCGCUGCCCGCGGCGCCGCCACUAUCUCCUGCGCUGCCUACACGACCGCCGGCGACAUCGAGGACUCCCCGCCGUCGCAGCGGAGGUCGCUGCUCUCGCGGUUCCGGGAGCGCCGAGCUCUCGCCGUCACAGACAUCACCGCCACGGAGUGGUGCGACAAGCAGAUGCAAUUCGUGCUAGAACACGGGAAGCCAGAGAGGACCGAGGCGAUGAAGGCCGGCUCUGAACGCCAUUCCCAGCUCGAGGAAGAGGUUAUUGAAAGAGUGGAUGUUGCCAUUAGAUCUGCAGAAGAAUCAUGGGCAGUUAAAUUCAUGAACUUUAUUGUGGGAACAAACCAAUUAUUGUGCAACGGCAUGACGCGUGAACUUCCAGUGAUUGGGGUUGUUGAAGGUUCAUGGAUGGUUGGAAUUAUUGAUGAAAUCCAAAUGCCUGUUGAUGAUGUUUCAUCUCAUCCAAUUCUGGUGGACACAAAGACACGUUUCAAGCCGACAAUCCCCUCAGAAGCACAGAAAAGAAAUGGAAGGCUUCAGCUGAUGUGUUAUAAAUACCUAUGGGACAGUUCUGUUGGUGAGAAAUUUCCAGCAGAGAAGUUCUUCAGCUAUUUUGACCUGGACCCCAACUACUUGUUAUCAGAUGAUGUCAAACUGUACAUUAGCUCAUUGGGUUUCAAUGCAAAGAAUUUUGGGGAUGUAUUGAAAUACUAUAAGAUUGCCUGCCACACACUAUCACGAUCUCAAGAGCAGCUGACCUUGAGAUAUGAACUGCAGGCAGAUCAUUCCCUGCUAGAAGAAUACAAGUUCUCUUAUGAUGAUUGGUGGUUCAAGGAUCAAAUCCAGGAAGCCCUCAGCUUCUGGCUAGGGGCACGAGAACCAAAAUUUGUAACUGAAGAGGAGUGGUGGAAAUGUAAAUUCUGCAAAUUUGCGCCAAAUUGCCCAAAGAUCGCUUCCAUCUCAAGGUGUUGACUAAAACAUUUGCAGCACUGAAGGUUGCGCAUGGACUUCUCUGCUUUUGGGUUGGUAGAGCCUGGAGAAAUUUUCGGACACUGGGCUUAUGCACCAUCCAUUUUGAUGAACCAUGGCAAUGGGAAGGCCACAAAUUCAUUAAUUCAUUUUCUCAUUUCUUCCUUUCCAAGGAUAAAAUUUAGGUCAGUGUUAUUUCACACCAUACGCAGCAUUUUAACUCAGAUGUUGCUGACUGGCAAGUGAAUGUAAUUCCUGGUGUGGGUGUACAUAUGGUAAUGAUGAAAAUCACUUCCUCAAAUUUGUUUCUGUGGGACUGGUGUUGACACCGAUUUCGUCAUGACAUUUUAAAUAAUAUGGUAAGAUAUUUUUCUUUGA